AUGGAAUAUAAAAUCAGUAAUAUAUCUGUAUGGGAACGUUAUAAUGACAGUGAUCUAUUAUUAUUUAAAACAUUUGCACCACAUUUAACCAUAGUAGAAAGAGCAAAUUUUCCAUUAUGGGCUAUACUUGGUUUUCCUGGAAGUAUAUUCAGUAUUAUUGUAUGGAGUAGUCGUCCAAUGAGACGUGGUGGUAGUGCUGCUGCUGCAGUUUAUCAAGCUAGUCUUGGCGUUGUGGAUUUAUGUUUUUUUAUUAUACAUUUGAAUUGGUAUUUACAUGUGGCAUGGCAACUCGGUGUACUUGAUCAUCCGGUAAUUUGUGAAACAUUCCCUGUUAUAAAUUAUUUAAUACAAUAUCUAAGUCCUACAUUGGCAUUUACAUUCACAUUAGAAAGAUAUUUAGCAAUAUGUCAUCCAUUCCGUUCACAAAGAAGUGUAAUGCGUUCCACAGUGAAAAGUGCUUUUAAAUUUAUUGCAAUAAUGUUUGCAUUUUGUUUGAUUACAGCUAGUGUUCAAGCAUUUGUAUAUGCUUAUAAUAAUGGUGUAUGUACUACUAGACCAUCAGUUGAAGAUCCUAAUUCUAUUGGAUUUAGUUUAUAUACAAAUUGGACUUUUAUCACAGAAUCAUUAUAUUUUUUCUGUUUACCAAUUACGUGUCUUGUAUUAAAUAUAUUAGUCAUUGGAGUAUUACGACAAAGUAUUAAAUCAAAACGAAAUACUUUAAUUGCAACAACAGUCAAUGGUAAUUCAAAUAUAAACUGUGAUCGUAAUCAAAUUUCACAACCGAUAAGUAAAGGAGCACGUUCAAGUACAUUGACAUUAUUAUGUACAUCAUUUUAUCUUAUUAUUGCACAUCUAUCUGUAGCAAUAGCCGUAGUAAUUCAUAAACGUUUACCAACUGGUAAUGAAUAUUUAAGUGAUGAACAAAUACGUAAUGAUCCUGGUUGGACAACUUAUUUUCGUUUCUUUACAGUACGUGUAUUAAUCGAAUGUUUUGCAAUGACACAUUAUGCUGCGAAAUUUCCAAUUUAUUUAGCAACAAGUAAACAAUUUCGUCAUGAAUUUUGUAGAAUAUUUCAAUGUUUUUGCAGAAAUCAAUCUUAUUUAUUACGAGAUACUGAUGCAGAUAUUGAUCAAAAUACACAUUUACAAAAUGGUAAACGUUCAAUUUUCUUAUCUAACAGUAAACAUUCAUUAAACACUGUAUGUAAAACAAGUUUUACACAAAAGAAAUUAAGAAAUUCUUCUGUAUCAUUCAUUUCUACAAAUGAAAAUUUAUCACCUACAAAAAUUCGAAGACGUCCAUCACCUGGUCUAAGUCGUACUGUAUUAGGUGUAGAUGGACAACGUGUAAAAGUUAAAUCAAAUAUUUCUAUAAGUGUUUAA